GGCGCGCGAAAGCGUCGCUGCUGCUCUCGCUCUGCAGCGCAACGACGAAUACGUUGUUUUUGUGCGACAUCGGCGGCUUCGUUGAUACAAAAAUCACAGCACACACUGCUCUCUCUUCCUCUCUCUCUCUCCGUUGCUACCCCCUCGUACUCUCGUAGUAGUAUCGUUAAAGCACGCGUAUAGAGAGGGUAGGUGUAUCAAGAGGAGCAGCAGCAGCAGUGGACUCGACGACGCUCGCGGAUUAAAGGAACAACAUGGCACUGAUCAAGUGCUGCUUUGACGCCGAGGGCCCGGACUUCUUCGACUCCGUGCUCAGCAAGUGUACCGAUCCUGGAUGCUGUUGCUGGUGCUGUUCAGCUCUGCGACCAAGGUACAAACGACUGGUUGACAAUAUUUUUCCCGUCAAUCCGCAGGAUGGUUUGAUAAAAAAUAAUAUGGAAAAGUUGAUGUUUUAUUCAUUGAGUAGUCCAGAAAAGCUUGAUCGAAUUGGCGAAUAUUUAUUUCAAAGGGCAUCCAGAGACAUUUCAAGGCGGAGGAAUGGAUUUGUUAUUAUUGCUAUGGAAGCCAUGGAUCAGUUAUUAGCUGCUUGCCAUGCACAAACUUUGAAUCUGUUUGUGGAAAGUUUUUUAAAAAUGGUUCAAAAAUUAUUGGAAUCUACAGAUCCUCAGUUACAAAUUUUGGCAACACAAUCAUUUGUUAGAUUUGCCAAUAUCGAAGAAGAUACACCAUCUUAUCACACACGUUACGAUUUCUUUGUAUCAAAAUACUCUUCGAUGUGCCACUCUAACAAUGAUGAUCCCUCGAUGCGGAAACAGAUUCGGCUUGCAGGAAUUCAAGGAUUGCAGGGUGUUGUGAGAAAAACUGUAUCUGAUGAUUUAGUAGAAAAUAUUUGGAACAUGGUACAUAUGGAAAAAAUUGUACCAUCAUUAUUGUACAAUAUGCAAAAUUCAAGGUAUUCAAAUAACGACAAUAUUACCCCUGAAAGUCCAACAGAAGAAAGAUCAGAUCCUCCUCAAUUCGCUGAAACUUGUAUGAGAGAACUAGUUGGAAGAGCAUCUUUUGGUCACAUAAAAUGUGUUAUCAAACCAGUUCUCAAUCAUUUAGAUAAUCACCAAUUAUGGGUACCAAAUUAUUUUGCUAUUCACACAUUCCGCAUUGUUAUGUUUUCUAUCCAGUCCCAAUACUCAUAUACUGUAGUUGAGGCUUUGAUGACCCAUUUGGAUGAACAUUCACAAUCAUCUCCAAAAAUUAGAACAAGUAUAGCUGAUACAUUGUCCAAAAUUAUAUCCAUAGCUGCUGGAGAAAGUGUUGGUCCUUCUGUUUUAGAAAUUAUAAGUUCAUUAUUAACACAUUUACGAGUUAGUGUAUCUAGAAAUAUGUCAUCAACAAAUGAUGAACAACUGUAUCAAGAAGUUUUGAUAAAUGCGCUAGGAGAAUUUGCAAAUCAUCUACCAGACUAUCAAAAAAUAGAAAUUAUGAAAUUCAUUAUGGGUAAAGUUCCAUAUGGUGAUCCAGAUUCAGUUACUUCUGCUGGAAAAGGAGAUGUAUUAUUACAAAGCAUUCUAUUAAAAUCACUUUUAAAGGUUGGAACUAAAUACCAAACAAUACAUCUAAAUACUACAUUCCCACCAAGUUUUCUUCUACCUCUACUCAAUAUGUCUCUGGCAUCUGAUUCUGAAAUGCGAUUACUAGUACAACAGAUUUUUCAUACUCUGAUAGAUCGGCAUAAGAACAGUGAUAAAUUAUCCAAACCAACUGUUAAUGUUGUGGAGUUGGAUCUUGCAAUUGAAAAAGCUACAAGACCUGAUGUCAUUUUCAUUAGAAAAUAUGGCCCUGAAAUUUACGUAAUCUUGAAGAACUCAUUGGAAUUGAUUAGUAAUCGAGUGGAAAAUAUUGAGUCUAUUUACACAACAUUGGCUUUGCUGAUAGUUGAACUUUGUUCAGAGGAAACAGUAAUUGACAUGUUACGAUUAGUUAUGGAUUUGCAAGACAUUGCGUUAAAAAAUUCCCAAAUCAGUAUAGCAAUCAAAUUCAAUUUACAUGUUACAGUAAUAAGUUUGUUGGUUUUGAUUGCAAAUGUAUGUAAUAUUACUACACUAAUUGACUAUGCAAAUAAGAUUGUUGAAAGUCGCAGUAAAGAAGCACCACAUUUACUUCCCGAUCUAAAGUCACAAUAUGAUUCAUCUUUGCCUUCAAAAAUACCAAAUACACUUUUAGUUGACCAAACGAUUGUAAUGGAAUGCCUCAAAGUGAUUGGAUUAGAAACAGGGAAAUUACAACAAGCAGUUGGAUAUAGUACUUCUUUGCAGUAUAGGCACUCUUGGGUUGAUAACCCAGGAAGAAGUUCUUUAGGAGACAUAAACGGUGGAGCUGAAUUGGAUAGUGCUGGAUCAUCUCCUGGUGUACAAAGGAAAUUACCAGUAGAAGAAUUAACAUUUGAAAGUAUGAAAAAGAUAUUAACUGAAACUAACAAUGAUCAAGAAGUGGAAGAUGAGAAAAGAUUGCAACUAUCUCAUUUAUUCAGAAAUGCUCCGUUUCAAGAUCUUGUCAAAAAAACACAACCAAAGCAUGAAGUUUUGCAAAGCAAGUUAUCUGAUAUCUUCAACAACUUGAUGAUUGAGCAUCGUUCGCCACCAACAUCAGCUACUUCGCCACCAGAGUCUAAAUUGCAAACCCCAGCUUAUGAAUUACAUUUCCCAGAAAUGUUUGUUUGUUAAUUAGUGCAAUAUUUUCAAGUGAUAUUUGAAUGCAUCGAGUGCAACGGCUAUGUUAAGCAAGUUAAAAAAAAUUGUUUAGUAAAUUAUCAGAAGACUUGUUGAUAACUGAAAAUUGUAUAUAACUCGUAAAUGUACAUAUUAAUGUUAUUCGUUCAAAAUUAUUUAUGAAUAAGUAUCAUUCUAAAACACAAAAUGAUGUUACAAAUGUUAUAAAUAUUAUUAUGCCUGUUAAAAUGUAAAACUGUAUUGAUUAAAGUUAUCAUGUUCCAAAAAGUCUGAACUGAA